GAGCAUUGAUCUGAUGGGUCUGUGGGAUGCUCACCUGGAGUCGAAUUAAAAGGCAAUACAUUAUCCAGUGAGCUGCUUUUUUGGAGAACUUUGAGUCAUGGGGAGGCAAGGAGCCUCGGAAGCUGUCUUCAUCACACUGAAUUACAACAUCACUAUUGCGGGCAAGAUAUGGCUGGUUCUAACGGUCUUCCUACGUGUAUCAGUCUUGUUCCUGGCUGGAUAUCCGCUCUACCAGGAUGAGCAGGAGAGAUUUGUCUGUAACACUAUCCAGCCUGGCUGUGCCAACGUGUGUUACGAUAUAUUUGCCCCUCUGUCACUGUUCCGCUUCUGGCUGGUCCAGCUUACCUCUAUUAUCCUGGUUCAUAUUGUAUUUGUUGUUUAUGUGAUCCACAAAGUUACAUCCAGCCUGCCUCGUUAUGAUGCCUCUAACAGAUUGAAGUUUAGAUACUUCUACAAGAUUAAACAGGAAUCCUUCAAUGAAGCGUCCCUGUCAAAGUCUGGUAUGAAGCCAGGGGUGAGGCGGCUGCCUUGUUUCGCUGGAGCCUACAUCUUUCACCUUUUGGUCCGGAUCUUCCUGGAAGCUGGUUUUGGGGCAGCGCAUUACUACCUGUUUGGUUUCUACAUCCCGAAGCGCUUCAUAUGCCAGCGUACUCCCUGCACAACCAUGGUGGACUGCUAUAUAUCCAGACCUACUGAGAAGACCAUCAUGCUGAAUUUCAUGCUGGGGUUGGCUACCCUGUCCAUCUUUCUCAACAUGUUAGAUCUUAUCUGUGCCAUUAAGCAGUCAGCAAGACACAGAAGCAAGAAGAAGAUGAUAGUGGAGAAGAUGUACGAGGAGGGACGAUACUUUCUUGCAGACAGUGGAACUACUGGUGUUGACUUUGGUGACCCGGAGCAUCAAUCCUUGCUGGUCAAUGGAAGCUUUCGAAAGAGAAUGAGCAAAGCCUGUGUGCAUGAUGAUACCUCUCUGCAUUCAGAAGGUAAAAGUCAUCCAGCCAUUCCUCAUGAAGGAACCCCUGUAGGUAUCAAUCUUGGUAUACCCAGUGCUAUGAGCGGUAAUGGAGCCAAUUGUUACCCAGUGACUCAAGAUGAGGUAACAGAGCGAGAGGGCAGUGCAGUGGCAUUGUGUCCAUCUGAGCCGAUAGGCACGCCCAGGUCCAUACGGGUCAACAAACGUAGUCGCCACAAACCCUUGCCACCUCCCAGAAAAGACAAACCACCAAGCGAAGGGCUGCUGGAUAACUCCGGAGCUGUGACAACUUGUGAAAUUAUGCCAGGACAGUACAUGUUGAGGAAUCGAUUAAGUUCUGAUAGUGACCUAAUGUCCACUUGUGGGGAUAACAGAUCAGCAUGGGUGUGAGUGUCUAGAGAUGAUCCUAAUCUUAUUGGUGGCACGGUGGGAUUGAAAAUUUUAAGAAAAUUUGCAGCUGGAAAGUUUAAACAGUAUAAAGUCCUGAUAUCGCUUAACCUUUAGAUGAGACGGGACUUUUCAGAGCCUGUCAGACUUUACUCAAUUAUGUAAAUGGUGCAUUUUUGUGUUUGGAGACAUGAGGGACCAUAUACAAAGGUCUUAAAAAUGUUUGAAGACAAGGUGACUCUUGUUGGUUCUUCUGUUUGGAGGUCUCUGUGGAAUGCUUACCCUUUACAGCCCAGCCGCGACCUUCACCAUCCACCUGUUGCCUCUGUUAGCUCACUGGGCUUCUCUAAACACCAAACAUGGAUCAGCGUUGACCUCUCUUGAUGUGGCGGUGUGCGUCAGGGUUAGAGAUCAUUCUAAAAGCAGACCUCCAAGGUUGAAAACCGACAUACAUUCUCCAUAGUGAAGACAGGCAUUACGUCUUUCUUUCCAAAAAACGAUAACUAGCCUGGCUUACAAUAAUUAAGCAAUGGUUGUAACUAGACCAUACAAUGUUUUUUUUUUUUAGUACAUUAUUAGCAUUGAUGGGUUUGGCGUUUUUGAUUUUCAAGGGCAGUGACCAGACUCUGAAGAGCAGGAAAUUCCCCAAGUCUGGCUACCAGGCAGAGCAAUUAACGUCAAAGCCUGGAUUUGUAUUUAUGGAGCUGGUUUGUCACAAUAUAUUCAACGACCCAGUGGGAUUUGUGACUUGAGCUUUAGAGGACCUACAAACACUUAAAAUAGCACACAACAACCCAAUGAAACAUGAGAUCUGAUGACGCCUGACACAACGCAACCUCUCUGAGUAGGUUUUACCUCCACAGCUGAAUUAACCACAACAUGCCGAUAUCAACCUCCUGUCUCUUCUCACCAACUUAUUACUUACCCAUCUUCACGUCAGACUAUUUGUUCAUGAGGAGUGAGAAAGGACCUCAAGUUCUCCCAUCACUCUGAAAUGGUUUGAACUCGAUAUAUCACUUCAGAUCUUUAUCUAAAUUUAGGGCUGUAUUUCAACACAAAUAAGACAGUAAUGAAUACACAACAUGUGAAGUCUGGAGAUUAUCAACCGCUUGCUUGAGUUUUGAGUUUCCGAAUUGUAGUGUUUUUUGUUUUUUUUUCCAGAUUGUUAUUGCUGUAGAAUGAAUCCAUCUAUGAAAAAUGUGUUCAGUUUGUGCCACAUAUCUGUGAGUUAUUAGGUACAGUUGUAGGUAUAUAGUUGCAGACUGUUGCCAUGGAUAAUUCUUCCAAUCUUAGGAAGGCUUAGACUGACUCCAGAUCAGACUAUCAAACUCUUUUUAGAUAACGGGCCGCAUUCGACUCGGUCCAAUGCCAAGUUGUUUAGUUGAACAAUAACAUGGCGGUUCCUGUUUAUAUGUAAUAAUUUAUCAACAUUUAUGUAAAGUGUACAUUCUGAAAGCAUAAAUAGAAUGAAAAAUAUACCUUACCUGCCUCACUCGCAAAAAUACCGUGGCGUUUGUUAAUUUUCACCUCCUUGUAACCUUUACACAAUUUGUAGUUCAAAGAGGCAUGUUUACAGUGUAAUGUUUUUGCAUGCCAGUUUAUUGUAAG